CUGUGGUGUGCCCCUACUCCCAAAAUACUGCUAUAGCAGAAAAGAAGUGUGGUGAUCUGGAGAUGGAGGAUGAGGAAGGCUACACCGCUUUAAAUUUACGACCCUCAGCUUCAGUUAUUACUUCUGGAUAUUUGAGCAGCAACAAAUGUUCUGCAUUUAAGGCUCCAGCCACUUGUGUUACAGUAGACAGAGUCUCUGCCUCAUCUUCCUUAUGGCGGCCGGUAGCCUUUGGUUUCCUUGCCUUGUGCCUGGUGCUGCUGAUGGGGCUGGUAGCCCUGCUGGCUCUGUACUGGCCCUGUUCUCCCAGUGGAAAUCAUAUGGCAAGAAGGGCAACAGGACAGUUCUCCCAUGGAAGAACCCUCACAGCUGUGUUUUUUCAGGUAUCCAAAGACUCUGAGGAAGGAAAGAAGCUGGAUGAAAUGAGGGAAGCAUUGUGUUUUGAAGGGAAGGAGAACAAUGAAACAAAAUGUGCUCUCUGUCCAGCAAGGUGGCAAAACACUGGAGCUGACAACUGCUUCUACAUUUCUAAGCAGAAGAAAACAUGGAAACAAAGCCAGGAGUUCUGUUCCUCAAGAAACUCCACUCUUCUUGUGCUAAAAGACAAAGCAAAGAUGGUUUCCCUGCCACAGGAUUCAGAGUUUUACUGGGUUGGAUUAUCGCACAUAUCUGAAAGGAGAGGCUGGUACUGGGAGGAUGGAACAGCUUUUUCAAGAGAAGAGACAAAUUGGGUUGUAUUAUACGACAACAUCUUCUGUGCCUCCUUAUAUGGCCGAAUUAUUUAUACCAGUCGCUCCUGUUCAACAAAACAAUUCUGGAUCUGUGAGAAAGUGACAGUUCGUUUCAUUUGAAGAAGCACUGCAAGAAGCGAUGUGGAAUUUGCCACUGCGAAGUACCAACUUUAGGAACUGGAAGUUUUGAACAUAUUUUUCUUUUUAUUUGUUUAUCAUGCAGUUUUCUCAGAAUGACAAUAUAAAUGGGCAGUUGAUUACA